AUUGUGCCUAAAACUAUGCCAUGCUCUCCCUGUCACAUUACUCCACAGGAAUUCAACUGCUCUCAUUUCUCAACUUCCCAGUCAUGGAGUGCGUGUUUUUAUUCGGACCCCACAGAGGCCGUCAGAGACAUUCCUAAUGGCUCCAUGCUUCUUGUCGGAGGCUUUGGUUUGUGUGGGAUCCCGGAGAAUUUAAUCAGCGGCCUGUUGAAAACAGGAGUAAAAGACAUCACAGCCGUGAGCAACAAUGCUGGGGUUGAUAACUUUGGCCUGGGCAUGCUACUGAAAACCAAACAGAUAAAACGCAUGAUAUCUUCAUACGUUGGGGAAAACGCUGAGUUUGAGAGA